AUGGAAACUUUACUGUCAUCAGCUCCAUCAAACACCACUGCCACUGACAGAAUUAACAGUGCGCUAGCGACACUGAGGAAUGAAAUGGCUGACCUACGGCAACAAGAUGUGAUGUUAAUGAAACAGCUCAUCAACAUUAAUGACACUAUCCAGAGUCUAGCUAAACGACGGCCAAGUUCACACAGACCACUGAAGAAAAAAUUAUCCUUUGUCAACGGACGAAGAGCAUUUGUGAAUAGUGAUGAAUCCAUUCCCGAAAACACCUCACACAUACAACAAAAACGAAUGACAUGGACUUCCAGCAGUUCUUUUGGCAGUAUUGAUUCCUCCAGUUCUACUGAAGACAUGGGUUUUAUGGAUUCUGACAGUGAUGACAGUCUUUGUAGUUCAGAUCAAACCCUAAGUGACUCAUUAUCCUCCGUAACGUCGAGAUCCUUGUUCAUCGCUAAAAUAUCAGAAACAGACGAUCAAUCGGAUGAAGAAAUUUUCAGAAGAAACAUCAAAUUAUGGAAAUUUUCUCAGUCAGAAAGCUUCGAACAUUCCGUUGUGUCUUGA